CUAUAAAUUCGUUUCUCUACAUAACAAUCCUGUAACUGAACCAUGUCUUCAAGGGCUAGACAAUCAACCACCACACCGGAACCACAACCACAGCCACCACCACCACCACCACCAUCAUCAUCCACCGCCAUCUCCCAAACACUAACAAGCACAGCAAACCUAGCCAAACUCCUCCCAACAGGCACCCUCUUAGCCUUCCAACUUUUAACCCCCAUCUUCACCAACAACGGCUCUUGCGACGCCGCCACCCGCCCCUUAACCGCCGCUCUCCUCGUCCUCUUGGCGACCUCGUCCUUCCUCGCCUGCUUUACCGACAGUAUCAAAUCCGAUGACGGCCAACUCAUCUAUGGAUUCGCAACUUUGAAAGGGAUGUGGGUAUUCGAUUAUUACGAUCCAAAAAAUGUAAUCGAUUUGAGGAAAUACCGGCUGAGAUUGAUCGAUUGGGUGCACGCUUUGCUGUCGGUGUUGGUGUUUGGAGCGGUGGCGUUGAGGGAUCGGAAUGUUGUGAGUUGUUUUUAUCCGUCGCCGGGACGUGAAGGUCAGGAAGUUUUGGACAUUGUUCCGAUCGGCAUCGGUCUCAUUUGCAGUGCUUUGUUUGUUGUUUUUCCGACGAGAAGACAUGGGAUCGGGUAUCCAGUUACGCGAGAUAAUAUUACAGAUUGAUGUAAAUACUUGAAAAUUGAAACCCACCCAUUUAAUCUGAAAUUAUUUUUUGUUUUAUUUUAUUAUUGAAAUUAGUUUGAUUUACAUUUUAAAUAAUAGGAAAAAGAAAAAUGAUCUUUCGUUA